CUCACAUCAACUCAUUUCACUCCUCCUCCUCAACAGUGACUAAUCCAAGCCAGAAGCAGGUAAAAAAGAGCAGAUGCUCUGAGCUUCACUACCAAGACCAAGCUACUACUACUACUGUCACAGUGUUACGAGCCAGCUCAGAUCGGUUGGCAGAAUGUCUCUGCUGCUUUGUUGUGUUGUGAUGGCUCUGCACCUAGCAACAGGGCUGGAUGCUGCCCCGGGGGUGGUGAACACUACAGAGGAGGAGGUGGAAGGGGUGGACUCCCAGUCACCUUGCCCAGCCGGGUGGCAUCAGAAUGAGCAUCGCUGCUUCUCCUUCUACCCCAUCUGGGCCACCUGGGCCACUGCAGAGUUGUACUGCUCCCAACACAGAGGGAACCUGGUGUCGGUUCACAGCCCGGGUCAACAGGUGUUUGUCCAGGAUCUGGUCAGGAGACAAACAGACCAGCCGGUCUGGAUGGGAGGCUACGAUGCAGCUCAGGAGGGGAUGUGGCUGUGGAGUAACGGCUCAGCUGUUGACAGUUUCUACUGGGAGGAGGAUGAGCCCAGUAACUCUGGACAGGGGGAGAACUGUAUGGAGCUGCACACUGGAGGUGGGCAGGGCUGGAAUGAUGUGGCCUGUGCAGAGCUGAGGUUCUAUGUGUGUUCUAUGGAGACAAGAUCUGGUUUAGAAUCAUUGCCAAGUCAGAAGAAAUCACAUGAGAGAGAGCUGGUUGAAGAGGUGAGUAUUUAUGACGUCCUGUGGGAGACCAGUGAGAGAGUAGCAGAUGAGAUCCUCGACUCAGCCUUCCUCAGAGGGAUGUAUUCCAGACGUCUGCCUGCCCGCUGCUAUGCUGACUUCUGCCACCAGGAGGUGCUAUACCUGGACAGAGUCAUCACCAUGCUGCGGGUGCUGAUCAGAACAGUCCAGGGUCCUCCAGACAUCAUGCUGUUUCUCCAGAGAACACAUCAACUCUACCAGGAGUCUCUGAAGGAGGCCCAGAACCAAACUCCACCACACCUGAACCUGUCCUCCAUCCAGCCCUCUGCAGCUGUGCGUCAGUACCUCCAGAGCUUCCAUGACAUUGUGAAUGAGGAGCCCAUCUACUGGCUGGUGUCUCUGCUGCCCAGAGCCCUGCUCAGACCUUACCUGGCACAGAACCUGCCCCUGGGAGAGAGGACCAGACCAGACCCCAGCCCCUGCCUCUACCCCUGGCUAAACCUCUUCCCCUGCCCCUGCUACCAGUGGGGGGGAGAGGACAUAAUGUCAGACCAGAGGAGCCAGAAGGAUGAGUCAGGGACAUAUUACAGGCAUCUACUGGAGAAGUACCAGGGUGUGAUAGACGUCUAUAAGGCUGUCAACAUCUUCAGAGUCCAGAUGAUCAACGAGAAGUCUCUCUUCACCUCCAGCUGGUUUCCCACUGGUGACGAGGAGGAAGAGGAGGACCAACCCAAUCUGUUGUCUGUGGAGUCUGGUCCUGACAUUAGGGCGAGUGACGUAUUUAUUUAUGACAUGUUAAUCUUGUAUUGAAGUCAGUCGAGGA